AUGAGUUUUGCCACAAUCAUGUACAAAAUUAUUACAAUGAUGUCUUUUAUACAAUUUUUACUUGUAUCGUAUUAUGUUGAUCAAACGAACAGUUUUCUCACAUUAUCGGUUAAUUCAACAUAUACUACAAAUAUAAUAACACGGAAUAUAUCUUGUUAUUACGGAACAAUUAGUGGAGCGGAUAAUGCUGAUCGACAUUACACACCAUCUUAUGGUAAUUACCAGUACUGUGUACUUAUAAUGUAUUAUUCUAAUGAAAAUUUGCCUCAACAAAUUGAUUUUAGUAGUACUACUGUUUUGAAUACAUAUCGACGAAUGUCGGAACGUUGCCGAGGUUUUUCAAAUACAACGGAUGUUGGUUAUGGAUAUUGUAGCCCGUUAUCCUACGAAACAGUUGUUAGUCCUUUUUUAUGUAUUUGUGCAACCAAUAAUUGUAACAAUAACUUGCAAACUUGUCAGUUAUCGGUCAGCAUGGUUCAGCCGGCACCAUUAGCAACAUUUCUGCCAUAUCUGUCGACAUCGAUUUCAUGUCAGGAUUCUGGAUAUAUAUCAAGCAACAGAUAUACUUACUGUCAAGAACUUGAUCAAUCAAUAAAUUAUACAGCAUGCAAUGAUUAUAUGGAAACAAACACUGUAUUAUGUUCAAUUUGGAGUCUUACUUCAGAAAACUCCACGUCAUCGCAUCAAGUUGCUUAUCCACCAGAAAAUUAUGAAAAAUUUUUGCUUUCCACGUUAUAUAACUAUCUGACAUAUGUUAAUACAUCAACAUACAAUGAGAGUAGUAGCAGCUUAUUCGUUCAAGAUGGAAUACAAAAUUUUACGUACAUAUCAUGUUAUUGUAUAUCAAAUUACUGUAAUGCAAACUUUAGCACUUGCACUGUUGAUACAGCUCCUACCACUAGCUCAACAAUCACAUCACGAUCAUCAUCGAAUGGUUCUAGUUUAAGUGAUGCAGCAAUUGCUGGUAUUGUUAUUGGUGUAAUAGUAGGUGCUAUAGUUAUUGGAGCAAUAGUCGGUUUUAUCUCCUAUCAUACAUUAAUGUCUGGACGUUCACCUGAAGAAAAUCAUACAGAUACAUUUACAGAUGGUGUUGAUGGCACUGACGAUUCACCAUAA